CUGGUUUCGUCCCAUCAAGUACAACACUUAUUUCACAUACACUAACAUGAAGAUUUUAUCCGACGAAGAGAGAAAUGCUCACUGGAACGCCGUUCUCUACGAAGGUACCAAGGGCCUUAUCAUUGGUAUCGGGUUCUCAUACGGUUUAGUCACCUACAUCAAAAAGAAGAACCCAAUCUUAUACAAGAGAAUGAGUGCUUCCACCAAGGCUGCUACCUGGGCCGUGCCUUCUAUUGGUAUCAGUGCAUUCUGGGCCGACGAAGGGUCCGUCAAGUUCGAUGAGGAAACCUACAGAUCGGACUACUUGCAGAAGCAGAAGGAAGAGAUGGAAGCCAAAUUGCAACAAAUGUCCACUUCCGACAGAGUGAUGCACCACCUUAACGACAACAAAUACAAGAUCAUCGUGGGUUCGUGGGCCGCUUCGUUGUACGGAUCUUGGAGAUACGUCAACAGAGACCCAUUCAUGAACACCCAGCAGAAACUCGUGCAGGCCAGAGUGUACGCCCAGGCCUUGACAGUGGUGCUUUUGUUGAGUACCAUCGUGCUUUCCAUGAAGGAGGCUGAGAUGAAGAAGAAAGAACCAAAGCCCGUUCCUGAAUGGAAGAGAUAUUUAGAUGAGCAAGAGGCCAUCAAGAAGAGCCAAUAGCUCGACACUUGUCAUUACCAGUAAUCUGCAAUUACUGCAACCAUUCAUUGUAUCUAGCUUUACCUUUAUUUCACUUGUCAUCUU